AUGCUCCCGCAUCCCCGCUCCUUCCCGGCGGGGCGGUGCCGGUACCCGGGGCGGGCUCCGGAGCCGGGCGAGGCGGAGCCGAUGGGAGCCGUCGGGAGGCAGCGGGGCCGGUGGGUGCCCAUGGCCGUGAGCCCGGGGCUGCUGGUGGUGGCCGGGUCCUUCGCCGCUUUCCGCCUGCUGAACCGGGGGCUGGAGCGCUUGGUGCCGCCGCCGCCGUCGGCCCGGCGCAACCGCUGGAAGUGGCGCAACAUCUGGACCUCGCUGGCGCACAGCGUGCUCAGCGGCGGCGGGGCGCUGGCAGGGUUCUGCCUCCACCCCGGGCUAUCUGAGGACAUGGUGGGCACGCACCCACCCGGGGCACACAGCCUGGUCGCUGUAUCUGUAGGUUACUUCCUCGAAGACUUUGUGGACAUGUUGUGCCAUCAGAAGCUUCGCCAGUCCUGGGAGCUGCUCUUCCAUCACUCCGUGGUCAUUGUCUGCUUUGGUACGGCAGUGCUGCUCCAUCAGUACAUCGGGUUUGCGCUGGUGGCUUUACUGGUGGAGAUUAACUCCAUCUUCCUCCACGUGCGGCAGAUCUUGCUCAUGGCCAACCUGGUGCACACCCCCUGCUACCGCCUCAACAGCAUCCUCAACCUGGGCACCUACGUGGUGUUCCGCAUCGCCACGCUGGCCUGGAUGAGCCGGUGGCUCUUCCUCAACCGAGGCACCGUGCCCCUGGCAACGUACUCCAUAGGCACAGUGGGAAUGGCAAUCAUGACACCCAUGAACGUCAUCCUCUUCUACCGCCUGCUGCGCAGUGACUUCUUCAAGUCCAGCCGGGGUGUGCAGUGGGAGAAGGAGCAAUAGCCCCUUUCCCAGGAGGAUGGAGGAGGACAGCGAAGCGCAACGGAGACUGAGCGUGGGUGUUUUGGUGCGGAGGGUCCACACUAACAGCAUCCAGGCUCUUCUUGUGGCUGCAGAUCCCGGGUCACGGCCUAAUGGGGUUCUGCUGCCCCAAUACCUUUGGGUGAUGUGGUUGGAUGCCCUGGAGCUGCUCAAGGAAGCUCGACGGCUCUCAGAGCUCCCCGAGGCGCCGCUGAGAUGAGAAGGGAGCAGAAGAGCGCUGCUUCCCCACUGCUCUUCGGGACAUCCAAACACCACAGUGUGGGUCUCACCCCUUUGGUGCUGCAGCGGCCCCUCAGCCAGGGGACGCCGCGCUCAGCCCUGCGCUCUCUGUGCCGUCUCCCAUGGGAAAGGCUCCAGGCUUCACCCUGUAAAAGCCAAACCCUGCACUCAUGAGUCCUCCCCAAGGAGAUUGGCCAAUGUGGGUGAUGGAGGGGAGGCUGAGACCUGCAUGGAUGCCCGGGUCAGGAGCAGGGACCGGCAGCGCUGUGCUUGGGGAUGGGGAACCGACUUCUUAACAACUGGAGCUUUUUCCAUGUUGUUUUGCUCCCAGCUAUGCUAAGUGCCCAUAAAUGAGCGUUCUCACUGGCCAGGACGGUGCUAUGUGAUGGUCGCUUCCCAUGGAUGUGUUUUCAGGCAUAAGCAUCUAUUAGGGAUGGGAAGUUCUGCUGCUGAGCCCAGUGUAACGCUCUUACUAACACCAGCUUUGAAUAAAUGGCUGCAAAUGAAA